AUGGCGGCAUAUAGUUCGAAAUUUUCCGCUCACCGUGAACAAACAUUAAGUAAACUAACGAAUGCUUAUAGGCCUAUAGUUAGUCAUGCCUUCCUUGGUCUCAAUUUUGUGAAACAACACAUGAUGAGUGAUGGUAGUUGGUGUUUUCAACAUUUAGUGGAUCAAAUGGAACAAUUUAAAAGGAUGAUGAAGACUUAUCAAAGUGUUAGCAAUUUGGAGAAGAAAGCCGAGUCGGCAAUGUAUAAAGAAGUUCUACAGAAAUUACGAAAUAAUGUUCACGAUGGUCGUCUGUUAUUGUGUGCGUGCAAAAAUCAAAAACAAACAGGAUCAAAUAAUUUCAAAGAUAAGACGAGUGCCCGCCUAUACAAAGACAUGUCUCUACUUGAGAUAAGCGAAAGAGUAGAUCAGCAAAGUUUCGUCUUGCGCAAAGAAUAUGAUCGCUUACAAUUUCGUUGCGGAGAAUUGAAACAGAAAUUGCACUCCUUAGUGCUUGAAAGGGACUAUAUAAGGACUCGUAUAGUGUUUUUCAACAAUUUCCCAUUGGAGGAGGGCGAGAAAGCCAAAUUAUGCCGUAAUAAAAUUCAAGCUAGUCGUAUAAGAUUAAAAGCGGCCCAGACGAUAAACAUAACUUAUAAGAAAAUAAUUAAAAUACUAAGAAACGAUGCCAACUACUAUGAGCCAAUUAUUCGAUCAUUGAUCAACGAUAUCAAGGAUCAAGAAGGUUACAUUAAUUUUAUAAUUGGUGUCGGAAAUCCGGCUCUUGAGCAAUUUCGUAAACUGAGUAAUUUCCAUACCAGGAAACGCGAUGCAACGCAGAGAACUUUGACACGAUUCUACAAAGAUAUAAUGGAUCAUUUGCAUACAGGAAUUAAGAAAACUGGUCGUCCUUCUGCGAAUAAGGUGGCGAGUGCAUCAGAGCUGAUUAAUCGUUAUAAUCGUUCAUCAAAAGAUAUGCAAACAUUGGAAGUGGAAUUGAGCAAAGUUGAAGCUGUCAUUAAACAUUUAGAAACCGUUACGCUUAGCUCGCAAUCGACAGAAGUCUAUAGGACAAUAAGAACACAAUCAGGAGCUAAUGCUAAAUUGCAGCGCUGGUUACAAUUCGAAAAGAAAUUACGUUCAGCCAUAAAACGUGAGGAUGAAUAUGAAGCCCAUUUGGUUCAACAAAUGAAAGAGAUUUCUCCGUACAUUGUACUUAUACGGUUUACACUUUAUCGCUUAAACGAUAUGCUACGUGUUGUGAAUUAUCGCUCUCGAACACCUGCUAUGCGAUACCCGAAUGCAGAUCUAAAGUUACCGCUGCUAAAAUUUGAGAGCACGCCAGGACGUGCAUAUCCACCUUUACCUUUCGAAGAAAAUCUUGAAAAACUCAUGAAAGUGGUUCAAGAGAAACUCAAAAAAUUAUUACAAGCUUUUACUAUAAAGACGCAGACCGAGAACUUGAUGGAAAGGCAUCGUCACAUUUAUAAUCAACAACUUCGAAAGUCAUACAAACGUUGUGAUGACGAAGAUAGUAAUUUAGAUCAUUUAUAUCAACAUUCAAGAAUAAGUGAUGAUAUUGACGAGGAGGCAAGCACAACUAAAAUAUGGGCUGGUGUACCAAAUCGUGCAAGAAUUAAACAACGCAGUGCAGCAAUUAUUGAGGAACAAAGAAGGCUAGUAGCCGGACACUAA